AUGAGUCCUUUCCUUCUCUUGUUCCUGUCUUCCCCUCGAGGGAAACAGGAAGACGCUGAGCAGUUAUACAAGCAAUGCCAACGAUACGACCUCCUGAACAAGUUCUACCAGGCUUCAGACCAGUGGCAGAAAGCCAUUGAGAUAGCCGAGACCCAGGACCGAGUGCACCUGCGCACGACGUACUACAAUUACGCCAAGCACCUGGAAGCCAUCGCUGAGCGCAACUUUGCCAUCACCUACUAUGAGAAGUCUGACACCCAUAAGUUUGAAGUGCCUCGCAUGCUUUCAGAGGAUUUGCAGGCCUUGGAGUCCUACGUCAACAGGAUGAAAGAUAAAGGUUUGUGGAAAUGGUGGGCUCAAUAUCUAGAAGGCCAGGCCGACUUAGAAGCAGCUUUCAAAUAUUAUGAGCUGGCUCAGGAUUAUUUUUCCAUGGUCCGUAUCCAUUGCUUCCUGGGUAACAUCCAGAAGGCUGCCGAAAUAGCAAACGCAACAGGCAACUGGGCAGCGUCUUAUCACGUUGCCCGUCAGUAUGAGAGCCGCGAGGACAUCAAGCAGGCGGUGCACUUCUACACCCGGGCUCAAGCGUUUAACAACGCCAUCCGUUUGUGUAAGGAAAACCAGCUGGACGACCAGUUAAUGAACUUGGCUCUUCUCAGUUCCCCAGAAGAUAUGAUAGAAGCUGCCCGCUACUAUGAAGGAAGAGGAGAACAAAUGGACCAAGCUGUGACGCUCUACCACAAGGCUGGGCACUUGUCCAAGGCUCUGGAGCUGGCCUUUGCCACCGAGCAAUUUGCAGCCUUGCAACUGGUUGCAGAAGAUCUGGAUGAGAAGUCUGACCCAACCCUCCUGGCUCGCUGCUCCGAUUUCUUCAUCAAGCAUUCUCAGUACGAGAAGGCCGUGAAGCUGCUGCUAGCUGCCAAAAAGUACCAGGAUGCCCUGCAGCUUUGCCUGAUGCAGAACCUGACCAUCACUGAAGAGAUGGCGGAGAAGAUGACCAUUUCAAAGGACUCCAAGGAACUCUCAGAGGAUUCCCGGCGGGAGCUCCUGGAGCAGAUCGCCGACUGCUGCAUGAGGCAGGGCAAUUACCACAUGGCCACCAAGAAAUAUACCCAAGCGGGAAACAAGCUGAAGGCCAUGAGGGCUCUGCUGAAAUCCGGCGAUACCGAAAAGAUUGUGUUCUUUGCUGGCGUCUCGAGACAAAGGGAGAUUUACAUCAUGGCUGCCAAUUACCUGCAAACUCUGGACUGUCGCAAAGAUCCAGAGAUCAUGAAGAACAUCAUCAGCUUCUACACCAAAGGAAGGGCUCUGGACCUCUUGGCUGGCUUUUAUGACGCAUGUGCUCAGGUGGAAGUGGAUGAAUUCCAGAACUACGAGAAGGCCCUGGGAGCCCUGACCGAGGCGUACAAGUGCAUGUCCAAGGCAAAGACACGGAGCCCAGUUGAGCAAGAGAACAAGCUGGCGCACUUGCAGAGCAAGAUGACCCUGGUGAAGAGGUUUAUUCAAGCCCGGAGGCUUUACUCCGAGGACCCCAAAGAGGCCAUCAGGCAGUGUGAACUGCUCCUGGGAGAACCGGAUCUGGACACCACCAUCCGCCUGGGGGACGUUCUGGGAUUCCUGGUGGAGCAUCAUUUGCAGAUGCAAGAAUUCCAGAUGGCCUACCGGUACCUGGAAGACAUGCGGAAGAAAAUCCCCUGCGUGAAUCUCAACUACUAUGUGAGCCAGCAGACGGUCGAGGCCGUGCACAGAGGGCUGGGCAUCCCCCUCGGCCGAAACGCUGCUCCAGAGAGGCUUCGCCACAACAGCGUGGAGGACAAGGAGAUCGAAGAAGUGGCCGACGAGGCCGAGCCCUCCUGAACAGUUCAGCGGGGACUGGAGGGGGGGGGCAGAGCGCCGUGUUCCGGGCGUGGUU